AUGAAAAAACCGAUCCCGCUAUUCGUUCAUUACGGUUUCACUGGUGGUGUCUCAUGUUGCGCAAUUGUCUCCGUGAAUGAUGAACCCCAGUUAGCCGUUGGCAGUACAUAUGGAAAGUGUAUCCUAUUUUCACCCAGAACUCAUUUGCGCGCUUCCACAGUUUACGUUGAUCCGAAUGACAGGUCAAUAGUAGCAGUGGGUCAAUUUACGAAUGAUUGCAUAUUUGUUCAUAUUCGUGCUUAUGCAAUUGUAUUAUUAUCGGUAGACAAAGCUUCGAAGGCAUUGAAUUUUUGUUUCACAAGGAUAAUACAGACAGAAUUCUACGGUUUUUGUGGUGCAUUUUGUUAUACAUUUCAGUUAUUUUGUCCAUUUCUUCAGGCUGACAAAUGUUUAAUUGGCGUUUUUGCUGGCGUAACAGAGGAAAUGUCUCGAGUAUGGUCUCCUGAUGAUGAUGCUAGCACUUUCAUGGCAUUCUCUAUAUUGGAUAAUGGAUAUUUGGCUUGUGGUUUCGAAACAGGAGAAAUAAAAGUUGUGAAUGUUGGAGAUUUCAGUACUAUAGAUAAGAUAAAGCUUUUUCCCAAGCCUAUUCUUGCUUGUGCAUCAUUUGCUAACAUGUUAGCUGUAUCAUCUGUUAAGCCGCCGUUAAUGUUAAUCAAUGUGACAACAGAUGGAAUCACUAUUCAGAAGGAAAUUUUGUUCCCGCAAAAAGCUGGUGGCUGCUCUUCUCUGUGCUUUUCAAAUUGCGGGAAAGAGCUUGCUUCCGGAUACUGGAAUGGAACGGUGCGUGUAAAUUCCGUUAGAACGGGAGCAAUACGAGCCGUUCUAGAUUUUCAUUCGGAAGUCAUCAAUUAUUUGUGCUGGACUAAGAUUGAUGAUCAACGAUUAUUGUUUGUUUGUUCAAAAGAUACCAAAUUAUCAAUAUGGAAUUUAUACAAUGAUUAA